GGAAGAUGAUGAUGAUGAUGAUGAUGAUGAUGAAGAAGAUUCUCCCCGCUGAAUGAGAAACAAUAUGUGACUUUCAUCGGUUUUAUUUCUACAGUGACUUCACAAGUUUUAUUUCCGGUGUUUAUUUUCGGCGGGAGAAUUGCGAGUUGUCUGUAACGCAGUAAAACUCCAGGAAACAAGUGAAAUCUGUGUGACACUGUAAAGAUGUUUAUUAAAGAGGAGAGUGAAGAUAUGGCUUAUCCAGAAGCAUGCAGAAUUAAAACCGAACACACUGACGAACAAACAGACUUGAUGGGAAUGAAAGAGGAACAUCAAAAGCCGAUAGAAGUGAAAGAAGAAAGUCAAGAACUGAAUGAAGUGAAGGAGGAACAUCAGUAUCAGAAUCCUCAUCAUUUCAUAACUGGAGAAAAAUAUUUUAGUUGCUCACAGACAGAAGCAUUUUCACAGAAGAAUUCCUCACAAAAUAAAACUCAACCAGAAGAUUCCUUCACAUGUCCUCAGUAUGGAAAGAGAUUUACACGAAAAGAAAGUCUUCAGAAACAUAAAAUGUUUCACACUGGAGAAAAGCCUUUCACGUACCUUCAGUGUGGUAAUAGUUUCACAUGUAAAGGAUCCCUUAAUGUGCACAUCCUAAUUCACACUGGAGAGAAACCUUUCACAUGCCAUCAGUGUGGAAAGAGUUUCAGAGUGAAAGGAAAACUUAAAAAGCACAUGAGAAUUCACACAGGAGAUAGACCUUACACAUGCCUUCAGUGUGGAAAUGGUUACAUAGACAAAUUAUCCCUUAAAAGACACAUGCUAUUUCACACUGGAGAAAAGCCUUUCACGUGCCCUCAGUGUGGAAAGAGUUUCACACAGAAAGGAAAACUUAAAAAGCACAUGAGAAUUCACACUGGAGAGAGGCCUUUUGCAUGCCUUCAGUGUGGGAAGAGUUACAUAGAGAAAUUAGCCCUUAAAAGACACAUGCUAUUUCACACUGGAGAGAAGCCUUUUAAAUGCCUUCUGUGUGGUAAUAGUUUCACGUCUGUAGGAUCCCUUAAAGAGCACAUGAGAAUUCACACUGGAGAGAAACCUUUCACAUGCCAUCAGUGUGGGAAGAGUUUUGCACACAGAUCCGGCCUUAAAGAUCAUGUAAGGUGUCACACCGGAGAGAAGCCUUACACAUGCCAUCAGUGUGGAAGAAGCUUCACGAAUAGAGGAGGCCGAUAUACUCAUAUGAGAAGUCACACUGGAGAGAAGCCUUUUGUAUGCUCUCAGUGUGGGAAGAGUUUUUUGCGUAAAGCAUGCCUUGGCAUUCACAUGAGAAUUCACACUGGAGAGAGGCCUUAUGCAUGCUUUCAGUGUGGAAAGUGUUUCAUUCAGUCAAAUGCCUUAAAACAACAUGAGAAAUUGCAUACAAGAGAGAAGUCAAAGCAGUGACCUUAAUGUGGGAAAGUUUCCGUCAAGUCAUCAUAGUAAAAAAACUUUGCUCAGAGUAAUUUGCAGGUAAUCAUUGAUGGAUCUAUAUGUGUUUUCUUAUUAUAUUAAUACAUUUUCUAUUUUUCUUUAUACUACAAGGUGCAAGUAACAUGUAAUCUGAGCGGUGACUGAGGGUCUGUAUAUCAGGAAUGCAAUAACAGAGAUUCCAGAGAACAUUCAUUUAUAUUGUACUGCAUUUAUUACAUAAUUAAACAACUAUAUUAUAACCACUUGAUUUUAUAAAAAUUCAGUCAUUGUUUUUCAUGUGAUUUUCAUGUACUGACCUUGUCUUGACUGUUUGUGUGUGUGUGUGUGUCUCUCUGAAGAUUAGCAGGCACAUCUCACAAGAUUUGUGUGACUUUGGUCAUGCCCUAGUUAGGGGAAUAUAAGACGCAGCUGUUGUUUUGUUGUUCAGUUCACUUGUUCUCCAUUUCUUCAUUUUUGUAUACCAGUUUUGUUCUUGCUUGAGCACUAAUGAAAGCCACUCUUCUUAAGCCCUUCAUCCUCUGCCUUCUGUUGUCGUCUUUUUGGCUUAAGAGAGAAACAUUACUGAUCUAUGUAUUAUGAUACAACAUGGCGCCGCAGAUGGCCGCCUCGGUGUGGAGCUCUUCAAUUCUUUUGUUGUUUUUGUUAGUUUGUCCUGUGUUUAGCAAUCUUUUACCAAUCAGUUUUACCAGGGACGAACUGCUGAACAUUCAGCAGCACAUACCAGAUAAUCUUUUCCCGGUUUUUCAAUAUUCGGACGUUUUGCUGGACAUUUUAGUUGGA